CGCAGAGCGGGCCGAGCUCCCGCGCCACCCGUCCUGGGGUUUGCAGGCGAUUAAGGAAGCAACGUUCUCCUGGACUACACUUUACUUGCAUUCAGUUACUGUGGUACCUACCUGGCUAGUUAUUCCUCUCUCCCAGAAUUUGAACUAGCUCUUUGGAACUGGGAAUCAAAUGUCAUUUUGUGCAAGAAAUCACAGCCUGGUAUGGACAUGAACCAGAUGUCUUUUAACCCCAUGAACUGGCACCAGCUAUGCUUAUCAAGUUCAAGUACAGUGAGCGUGUGGACCAUUGAAAGAAGUAACCAGGAGCAUCAUUUCAAAUCAAAGUUGAUACAACUGCCUCUAGAAGAUGGGACAUUUUUUAAUGAAACAGAUGUAAUUUUCCCCCCCUCGUUGCCCAAGGAUCCCAUUUAUGGUCCUGUGAUGCCACUGUCAGCCAUUGCCGGGCUAGUAGGUGAAGAGGCAGAAACUUUCAGGCCAAAAGAUGAUCUAUAUCCUUUGCUCCACCCGACUAUGCAUUGCUGGACUCCUGCAAGUGACCUGUAUGUUGGCUGUGAAGAGGGUCCUCUUUUAAUGAUUAACGGAGAGACCUUGAAAGUGACCGUGCUUAGUAAGAUAGAAGAGGCACCACCAAUGGACAGAGGAAACCUUAUCAGUCCGGUCACCUUGGUAUAUCAGAAGGAGGGUGUGCUUGCUUCUGGAAUUGAUGGCAUCGUGUAUUCUUUUACUAUUAAAGAUUCAAGUUACAAAGUAGAAAAUUUCCUUGAGUUUGAACAGCCUGUGGAACAUUUGAUCUUUUCUCCCAGUUACAAAAUGUUGCUGAUUCAAACAGAGAAGGGAUCUGUUUAUAUCUACACUUUUGGUGAAGAGCCAACCUUAGACAAAGUCCUAGAUGCUUGUGAUGGGAACUUUCAGGCAAUUGACUUUAUCACACCUGGAACCAAACACUUCAUGACACUCACACAUUCAGGGGAAGUUUGUGUUUGGUGGAUAGAAGAUUGUGCUCGUGCCGGCAAGAUUUAUCUGAAUACCCCAGUGACAGUUCUGGCUUGCUCUCCAUCCUCCCUCUCUGCUGUCGUGGGGACCGUGGGUGGCUCUGUCCACUUCCUCGACGUGAAUGAUGUGGAAUCCCCUCGGGUAGUUCACAAGACCUUUCUCUCCGAAUCCCCUGUCCAGCACCUCGUUUAUGACCAGCGAGGAAUGUAUCUGUUCGUUGGAACAUCAGAAGGAAACGUCUUUGUUAUCAACGCCAAGCCCUCAAGCUCAUUUCAGAUUCUUGGAUUCACAGAGGUGGGCAAAGACAUUUUACAAAUAUCCACCGUGUCUCUUUUGGAAAUAGACAUAGUGGAAGUGAUGGUGCUUUCCUCACUGGCAGAAACAGGAAGAAGCAGGCUGGAAAUAUUCACUCUGCCUACAAUACUACCACAAGUUGCUGAAACGUUCACUGAUGAAAGAGGGAGGCUGAGAGAUGAACUCAUCCAUAAGUACCUGUACGAGGUGGAGCACACUCUGUCCUCUGCAGUCUUGGACUUUCAAAGUAACCAAAUAUAUGGCUUCUGUGAUCAAGUGCCGUACAUCUGUAGCUAUCUUCUCCCUGAAGAAGAACAUAGUGGUGUUUACAUUCUUAAACCACACCAAAAAGUGCAAAGCAGACAUUAUGGACCUGGAAUGUUCUAUCUAUCUUCACAUGGAUGGUGGCUAAUAACAAUAGCUAAAUGUGGAAUUCUGUGUGUCCGAGAUGUUUAUACUUUGGAAACAUUUGCUCGGUGUCGAAGUCAUUCUCACCAGGGGCAUGGAAUUCAAUUGAUGAGAAUUUCAAUGGAUGGACAAAGCAUUCUGGUGAAUGGAAGAGAUGAUGGUACCCUUGUCUACCUCAAAUGGAAGCUGUUUGGAGGAAACUUAGCCAGUGAGGCUCUUAAGCAUUACCAGCACCUAUUAAUUUCUCUGAGCAGCACCAUGAAUGAGGAGAAUGAAUAUUUAAUUGCUACACCAAGAGUUUCCUUAGAUUUGGGAUCGGAAGCAGAACACACAACACCUCAGAACGUGAAGUUAAGCAUUGACUCCUCACUAGAGGAAUUAGUCCCAGAUGAUGCUAUGAAGGAAAUUCCCUGGAUACAACAAAAAAGCCAGCAGGCCAUCGAAAAGGAGGUUAAACUGUUUUCCCAGAAAAGGAAAGAAAUAAAAAACAGAAUCAAAGUACUUGCUAAAACUGUUUUAAAUAUGAUGGAAGAAAAUGAAAAAGUAGAUAAGAUUGCAAAAUUAGAACAACAGGAAUUUGGCCUGGAUCUUGAGGAACUGGAAAGACUGAAAGAUGAAAGUGAGAAAGAAGUGUCAAAGAUAAGAAAGAAUGUGGAGAUGCAUAACCUAGCCAAGAGCUACUUGGCUGAACUUAUCAAAGAAGAAUGCUGGAAUUCAAUGGCUGUGAAGGGUCGCGCUCUUAAGUGCUUUCACCUCCCCUAUGUGGUUGAGAACUUCCCAAUGAAAGAGCGCACAGAUGAAGAGUUGAAAGAAUUGAAGAGGGUUUUGCAGCAAAAGAAGAUUGAAACAGAGUGUCUUAAACUGCGAAGGGAAAUUGUAGAGGUUCAGUCUCCAGCUGUCUUGGUUAAACAGCGUCAUGAAGAGGAUGAUGAAGAAGAGGAAGAUGAAAACAAGACAGUAAAAAACACCAACUUGCUCAAUUACCUUCUUGGUAGUCUGAGUACUGAUUUUGGGGUAGAUACCUCUUUGUUGUCAAGCCAAUUGGAACUGCAUUCCAGAGAGGAGAAAAUCAACCAAAUUAUACUGCUGAAAGAUAUCAUUUACAAGGUAAAAACUGCUUUCAAUAAUGAGUUUGAUGCUGCAUAUAAACAAAAAGAGUUUGAAGUUGCACGUGUGAAGGAAAGAAAUGUUAGAGUUCAAGAAAUUAUUUUAGAUCUUGACUUGGGAGAAAAAGUCUGGCAACCAGGAUUUGACGACUCUGAGAAGCCGGAGAGAACUCUUGUUGUGGAAAGUUGGGAGAUAAAAGCUCGCAGACAUGUUAACCCAUGGCAGAAAGCGAAAACAGGAUUGAUUGUGACCCGUGAAAUGGAGCGUUGGUUUCAGUCAAAGAGCACUGACAUGCGAUUCCGAGCCCUGAUGGACAUGAUGGGAGGUGUUCUGGAUGUCAAGAAAGAAGACAUUUUGAGAAUGGUGAUUCCUCAGCCUGAUUUCAUGGCAAAACCUGAUGCUUUGUGGACUGAAGAGGAAAGGAAACAAUUCAAAGAUUAUGAGAAAAAAGUCAAGGAUUUAAAUGAAGAAAAAGAUAAGUAUAGAAAGUCAUUAGAAGCAGAACUAAAAAAACUUCAAACCUCUAUUCAAGAAAGCACACAGAACUUUGAUGACUAUUUGAAAAGACUCUUUGAAAGGAGAGUGAAGGCAGAGAUGGUUGUCAAUCAGGAGGAAUUGAAAAUAAACAACCUUGUUUUCUCUUUACUGUUGAAUGAAGAAUUAAGCUCCAGAGAAAGUUUCCUGAACAACUACCUUACAAAGAAGCAGGAAGAGAAAAACCAGAUUUCAGAAGCCAUCCAGAAAUCUAGAGAAGACCUCGAUGUGUACAGGGAGCACUAUGACAACUUACUGGCAGAAGACAAGGUUCUGGAUCGCAGCUUUAAAAAGGAGUUUUCUGAAAUUCCCGGUCACCAAGUGGACAUACUCUACAAACUUUUUAAACGUCGGCCAAGGAUUCACAAACAGAAAGUGAAUUUAGAUACGACCAAUAUUGUCCCUUUCGGAGAGCGACCAGGAUCUGGAAAGUUGAAUAAGGACAACUUUGCCCAGUUAAUGAAAGCCAUGGAUGAGUUGGACAAUGUUAAUAACAUGCCAGAAGGCUUGGACCCCUUGAUCUGGGAUCAUUUCUGCAUAACCAGACGAGCAAAAGUGGAAAAUGAACAGAAAGUAAAGCAGAAAGCAGCUGGUUUAAUGGAAAUGAUGGCCUUUCUCCGGAAGAGAGUUGAGGAGGAUGAGCAGGUGCAGCAGGAGAUUGAGAAAGUGUUCCAGGAACUUGUCCUAUUACAGGAAGAGAAAGCGAGAUGCCAGUUGGAUUUGACAAUCCAAAUUCUCCUUAAACAAGGACAGGUAGAACUGGAGAAUUUCCAGUUAACACUGGAGUAUUCCGAUGCAAUUCUCAUCAACAAGAACAUAAUUGAAGACUUGAAUGCUGUGAUUCGGAUCCAAGUUUCUAACUUGUAUCAUGUACGUUCUGCUUAAAGAACUUCCUUUAACUGAAGUACAGAUCUGCUGGUAAUGAAUC